AUGGUCAUCUUCAUCAUGAAGGACAACAUCAAACUAGAGUUCUGUUUCACCCCUCCUAACUGCAAAGAAACCAACCUGAAAUUUCGCCAGGCUCUGACUAUCACCCACGAUGAAUUGACAAGUGGUCCAGUAGAAGAGCUUCUCCAGUUUUUUGAUGGGGUUGUUCGGUGUGAGGAGCCAAACAAUCGCUUGUACUCGUUCAGAGGGGAGUUACAGUGGAAGGGACAGUGUUAUCCACUGGACAAUAAUCACAUACUGCUCCGGGAAACUGUACUGCGCAACACUGACACUGCAUAUGGCCUUGCAAUUUACACAGGCUCUGACAGUAAGAUUCUCAGGAACAGUGGGAGUCUGAAAGUCAAGAGGACACAGGUGGAGAAGUUUCUUAACAAAGUGGUAGGGAUGAUUGUCCUCUCAAUGCUGAUUAUUUCUCUGCUCUUGGCUGUGGGAUGUGCACUCUUUGAGAAUUUGGUUUCCCCAAAUAUCGAAGUUCUCUCUGCCAUAGGAGGCAAUUUCAAGGCUGCCUAUUGGGGCUUCCUGACCUUCUGGGGCUAUAUUGUACUGCUAAGCCCUGCAAUGCCCCUCUCCCUCUACAUCUCGUUUGAGCUGAUCCAUGUGGUGCAAUGUGUCCUGAUUGGUUGGGACAUUGUGAUGUACUGGGAGGAGAGCAACAGCCCUGCGCAGGCCCAAACUAAGUCUUUGACUGAGGAACUGGGUCAGGUGGGCCACCUGCUCACUGAUAAGACGGGUACUCUCACACAGAACCACCUGCUGUUUCGCCAGUGCUGCAUCGCCGGCCAGAUUUAUGGAGAUUUGACAGCAAAUUCACAGCCAUUGGACCUGAGCUGGAACCGCUUUUCAUGCGGUGGGCUGCCCUUCUCUGACCAGCGGCUGGUGGAUCAUUUGCGGGAACAGAACUGCCCUGAGAGCAGACAAUUCUUCACUGCCCUGGCACUGUGUCACACUGUCAUGACUGAGUGGAGAGAUGGGCUUCCUCAUUACCAGGCAGCGUCUCCAGAUGAGCAGGCUCUGGUGUGUGCAGCUCGAGAGCUGGGCUGGGUGUUCCUGUCACGCACACGUGAUUCCCUCAUGCUGAGCGAGCUGGGAAUCACACGUCAAUACCACCUGCUGGCCCUCCUGGAGUUCACCAGCAAGAGGAGGCGCAUGUCAGUGCUGGAGAGGAAAGUGUGUGUGUGUGUGUGUGUGUGUGCAGUGAGAACGCCAGAGGGAGCAAUAAAACUCUACUGCAAAGGUGCCGAUGCUGUAGUUCUGGAGCGUUUGCAAAAAGGCAAUCUGCAUGAAGAUAGCACAGAGCAUGCGCUUGAGGUUUUUGCUCAGAGCUGUCUGCGGACACUUUGUGUGGCUGUACGCACUGUAGGUGAGGCUCAGUGGGUGGAGUGGAGCCAUACUCUCCGGCAGGUUGCCAUGGCAACCACUUGUCAAGAGAAUAUACUGGAGGAGUUGCAUGACCAAAUGGAAAGAGAACUGACGAUCCUGGGGGUGGCAGCUAUUGAGGACCGUCUACAGGAAGGUGUCCCAGAGACCAUUGUCAGCCUUCGACGGGCAGGGGUGAAAGUGUGGGUGCUGACUGGAGAUAAGACAGAAACAGCUGUGAAUGUGGGUUAUGCCUGCAAGCUGAUGGAUCCAGAUACAAAACUGUUUCAAGGCGAGGAGCUCAGAGAGAUUCUUCAGUCUCCCUGCCCAGAAUUAUGUUUCAAUAAGGGUAAAGUGUCUGAUGUUUGGAGCACACACAAAAUGUCUCAGUGGCAUGAAGCUGCCAUUGUUGUUGAUGGAUUUGAACUUGAAGAACUAAUCAAGACACCUGAGUUGGGUGCCAGGUUUGUGUCUUUGUGCAACCAGUGCCAGUCAGUGCUGUGUUGCCGUGUGACCCCGGGGCAGAAAGCUAAAAUUGUAGAGCUGGUGAAGAAGUUUGCUUCCUCCAUCACAAUGGCAAUAGGAGAUGGUGCCAACGAUGUGAAUAUGAUUAAGAUGGCACAUAUAGGGGUUGGUAUACGUGGUGUAGAAGAUGGCCAGGCUGUACGGAAUGCAGACUUUGCACUGGCACAGUUUCGCUUCUUGCAAAGACUGCUGCUGGUCCAUGGCCACUGGUCUUACCGCCGCAUCUGCAGCUUUCUGAGUUACUUCCUGUAUAAAACCACUUCCUUCGCUCUGGUGAACAUCUGGUUCAGCUUGUACAAUGGCUUCAGUGCCCAGCUUAUGUAUGAGAGCUGGUUUAUUUCCCUCUACUCCAUUUUGUACACAUCCCUGCCUGUUCAGUGCUUGGGUUUAUUUGAACAGAACAUGAGUGCUGAGAGCUGUCUUCGCUGGCCAGAGUUCUACAUGGCUGGACAGAGGCAGGAGCUUUUCAACCCCCUCACCAUAUGUCUGACAUUGCUCUACUCCAUCUACACCUCCAUCAUCCUCUUUUUCUUGCCCUUUGGGGUAUUUCAGGACUCAGACCUAGACUAUCAGACUUUGGCUGUUACUGUGGAAAUGUCAGCUGUUUUCUCAGUUACUGCUGAGAUCAUUCUACGGACUACAUACUGGACCAAGUACAAUUUUGCUGCAGUGUUUGUCAGUCUGGUUCUGUUUUUCCUGUCCACCAUUAUCCUUCAUGGCCCUCGUCUGUUUACAUCUUCCCCCAAAGACUACAGUUUCUUUGGAGCUUCAUUAAAUGCCUUCACCAAUCCUGUUGUAUGGUUGGCAGCUUUUCUAACCAGCUGCACUGCUGUCUUGCCCUCGGUUACAAGACAAGCUCUAAAAGUGAUCCUGGUGAACCCCAACAAACACAAGAUCCAUUCAUUAAAGGAGCCAGUUGAGCUACAGUCAUGGAUCAGGAAAGACUCUCCUCAUCACCAUUUGUCCUAAGCAAAGUCCUCAAUGCCCUAUGGAGCCUCCUCUGGAUGAGACAGGAACAGGAUCGGUUCGCCACUAAACAUAUGGGAAACACAAUAAAAAUUUUAUAAGAGAUUUAUGAACUGCUUUUCUAUAAAACAGACAGAACUUAGUUCUUCAGUUUCUUUUUUAUGUGACACUAAGCCAGGAUAAUUAACUAAAUAGUUAAAUAGUUCAGUGUUUUGCAAAAUUUUUAUUACUGAAUGUACAAGAACCAGGGACUCAUUUCUCAAAAGUUUGGACAGUUUUGCUGUUUACAUUUUUCAGAACUGCAUAAUAUUCUUCUUAAUAUUCAUAAUAUUCUUCAUAGUUAAGGUGUUAAGGUGCAAUAUUUGCAUAUUAGGAUGGUAAUUGUGUUGUGUUGUCUGAGAUGUAUGUGUGUUGAAUGUAUCGUGUUAAACCCCAAGAAACAUUCCUAAUACAUGUAAAUGUAUAUGGCGAAUAUUGAUUCUGAUAUGAUUCUGAUAUGUUUUCCCCCUCUGUAUCUGGUCUUAAAAAAAUAAAAACUGUGAACAGAGAACUGCUCUUGGUAAAGGUUGUGUCUUAUCUGUAUGCAAUGUAAA